AUGUCAACUGCUCCGCGAGCUCUACAAGCAUGCAGGCCAUGCAAGCAACAAAAGCGCAAAUGCGACAAGUCACAGCCCAUCUGCGGCCUUUGCGAGCGCUCCGGGCGCUCGUGUGAUUAUAGUAGUAGCGUUCCUGUCGUGGCCCCGACCACGGCCGACCUCGAGGCUCUCCAGUCCCGGCUGGACGAGCUCGAGUCCCGCCUCAACAACAGUCACGGCACCCCACCCGCGUUUGCGCGCACCGCCACCCAGAGCGUCAACUCUAGUAAUGACGAUGCUUCCCAGUGUCUAUACCAAUCUGAAAACACGUCGUCUUUACACACGCCUCCGAGCGCCGUGUACAGCCGCGACGAGGGGGCCAGUCGUGCACAUGCUGCCUUGUUUCUCGAUAUCGACUGCUACAAGUGGUCGGGUUUCUCCAUCAAGGGCAUAUCCGGCGAAAUUCCCGUCGAUGUGUUGGCCUUGCUGACACAGGGUGAUGCCAUUAUGGAUGUCUACGCUGCCUACUUUGACACGGUCCACACCUGGUUCCCGGUCGUCUCCAAGAAGAGAAUCGACCUCGGCAUCCCCAUGCGUCAUGGCGGGCCAGAGCUCGCUGUGCUCUUCCUCGCCAUGAAACUCCUCGUUACGCUGCCCAAAGACGUCACGAAUAGCCCCGUGUACGUCGCGGUCAAGCAGUUUCUGAGUCUCCUAGAGGCCCGUGGCUGUUGCUCCUUUACCUGCUUGCAGGCCAUGAUGCUCGUCGCCUUGUACGAGUAUAGCCAUGCCAUCUACCCGGGCGCCUGGAUGACUGUGGGCGCUUGUAGUCGCUACGCCGAUAUCAUCGGUGUUACUGGUGCAGGCUCUACCCUAGACAUCGUACACAGCGUGACGACGUGGUCAGAGGCAGAGGAAAGGAGAAGGAUAUGGUGGGGUAUGUACAUUUUGGAUCGAGCCAUUUCAAUCGGCAGCAGGAGGCGAUUCUCCAUGCCCGAGCCGUCUGAAAACAGCACACUUCCGUCGGAUGAUUCUGGUUGGGAUCGGGGCGAUGCCAUGCGUGCUGUCAACCUGUCGGUCACGACCGACCCAUCAGUCCGCCAAUCACCCUUUGCUCGUCUCUGUCAGUCAGCUAUGCUUCUCAGCCGCGCAAUGCAAUGCAUAUCGUUGACAGGGCCACCCGAAUCCCAACAGAACGAGGUAUUUUCCGUGCUAUCGGAUCAACUCAUGAACUUCCUAUCUGUUGUUGAUUCAGAAGUUUCCUCCACCGUUACGGAUCCAGACAAUUCUCUCUUGCUUCUCGGCCCUCGCUGCCUCACUGGUUCUGCCUUGUUUUUGAUCCUGGAUAUCUUCUCGUGUCCUGAGAAGAUGAGUCAGAUUCCAGGCUACAUCAGUACGCCGGGCGCAAAAUCCAACGAGGAACUGCAAAGGCAGGUAUGGGCUUCAUCCUUGUUGAAACGUGUCACUGAGGCCUUUGCCAAGUUUGGCACCGGCUGGAUCGAUACAUUGAAUUCUUCUGAAGAUGCACCACAGCUGGGGCAAUUUCCUAGUCUAGCAUUGGAUGCCUUUUACAGCACGAUGGCGACUCUGCUGUGGUACCGCAGGGAGGGAAUGGAAGAUUGGAAUGAGGCGAGCCUAGCUCAUACUCGACGCAUCCUACAGGUAGUAGGUGCGCGGUGGAAGGCAGCCUCGCAUUAUGUACAAAUUGCAGAACGCUCUUAUAAUACCAUUUGCCCAUAA